UGGAGAUCGAUCUACGUUAAUCCAGCAAUGUUCCGCGGUGGCGGCAGAAGCAAGACGGUGGCGACGAGCACGAGCACGGGUAAUGAGCUGCCCGUCGACGGCGUGGUGCGGGUGAGGAAAGUGGAGAGGAUCCAGCCGCACAACCUCGUCUCCAGGCCAUCGGUACUCCACGGCGACCACGCCACCUCGCCGGCGACUUCCGGACCGGCGGAGAGCCUGGCCGUCAGCGUCGUCCGUAUAGGGGACAUAGUGAUAGUGGACGACAAAGACAAACCCGAUGGCUUACUCUCGGUGUCUAUCGCGUAGAACUUUUAAUUGUAAGUUGGCGACUGCGUCAUACUAUGAGCGACACGCGCGUGUAGCGUAUAAUAAUGCAUCCUCCCAGGGAAACAUCCACACCAAUGGUUAGUCGGCUAUGGACAUCUGUGUCUUAUGUACAAUUGCAGUAGUAGCUGAUCAGAGGAUCCAGGAAACAAAAAUAAA